AUGGGGACAAGUCGAAGAGAUGACUCAGACUCAUGUGCACAAUCAUAUAGUGUGCAGCUGAGCCGUUCACAUCCUUCCUUUGUGGCAGAAAAUAAAAAUUCAGACAAGCAUAGAAAAGCUGCAGAAACCUCUGAGCCCAAGAAAGCAGAAACAGAGGCGUGUUCUUUGCUUCUCAUGCAUGAUGGGUUCUGUUUACAGUUUCCAAAACAAGGAAUUGUGGUAGCAAUGGUUUUAGGAAAAUCAAAAAGUGAACCCACAAAGGCUGUUGAAGCUGUGGAUGAGGAAGAGGAGCAUAUGAAGGUGGACUGUCCUGAAUUUGUUCCCAUUGCAGCAAAGCAAAGAGAGGAGAAGAAAAAGUCUAGGCUUGACACGAAGAUCCCAGUCACAGUUAUCACCGAGUCUUUAGGUGCUGGUAAGGCAACACUUCUGAACUAUAUUUUGACAGAACAACAUAGCAAAAGAAUAGCAGAUAUUUUAAAUGAAUUUGGGGAAGGAAGUGCAGUGGAGAAAUCCUUAGCUGUUAGCCAAGGUGGAGAGCUCUAUGCAGAGAGGCUAGAAUGAAAUGGUUGUCUCUGCUGUUCAGUGAAGGACAAUGGCCUUAGAUCUAUGGAGGAUUUGAUGGAGAAGAAGGGGAAAUUUAAUUACAUACUGUUAGAGAUCACUGGGUUAGAAGAUCCUGGUGCUGUAGCCUCUAUCUUUUGGGUUGAUGCUGAAUUAAGGAGUGAUAUCUAUCUUGAUGGUAUCAUAACUGUUGUAGAUUCAAAAUAUGGAUUGAAAUAUUUAAUAGAAAUAAAACCUGGUGGCCUUAUCAAUGAAGCUGCUAGAGAAAUUGCUUUGGCAGAUAUCAUUCUCAUCAAUAAAACACACUUGGUUCCAGAAGAAGAUUUAAACAAAUUAAGAACAACCAUUAGAUCAAUAAAUGGACUAGGAAAAAUUUUGGAAACACAGAGAUCAAGAGUUGAUCUGUCUGGUGUAUUAGAUCUUCAUGCUUUUGACGGUCUCUCUGGAAUAAAUUUGCAGAAAAGACUUCAUCAUGUGCCAGCAACACAACCUCACCUUGAUCAGAGUAUUGUUACAAUCACAUUUGAAGUACCAGGAAAUGCAAAGGAAAAAAAUUGAAAUGUUUUUAUUCAGAACCUUCUGUGGGAAAAGAAUGUGAGAAACAAGGAUGGUGAUUGCAUGGAAGUCGUAUGGCUAAAGGGGCUGGUGUCAGUCAAAGACAAACCACAACAAGUGAUUGCCCAAGGUGUCUAUGAGUUCUAUGAUCUGGCAGAGGCUCCACUGAGCUGGAAAGAUGACACUGAGAGAACAAAUUGAUUGGUCUUUAUUGGCAGAGAUUUAGACAAGGAUAUCCUUAAACAGCUAUUUAGAGCUACUGUGACAGAAACAGAAAAGCAGUGGACAACACAUUUCAAAGAAGGUCAAGUUUGUCCAUAA